AUGGCUGUAUUUAUUGUUAUAAACAUUUUGUAUAUGGUAAUACAGUAGUUCUUUGUAAGAUAUUUUGUAAAGUAUCUUUGCUUAUUAAGUGAUUGGUUGUUUAAAUUGCUAAAAUAUAUCACUUAAAAGUAGACAUCAGCUACAAAAAGGUAAAACAGGGAGCAAAAGUGACCGCGCCCACUCGCUGUUUAGGCCAGCCAAUAGUUGUGGGCUCAUCAGCUCAGUUUCAGGCCCGACCGCUGGCGUUGUUAGAUUUAUCUCGUCACGCAACACUCCUCGGAGUAUUGCUUGACGAAACAAUCAGUUUUCAAGACAGUGACUGCAGCUUGUUUGAAAAAAAAAAAACAGGUUUGACUCUUUUAUUGACGGCAAAGAAAUGCCUUUUGUUGCUUUUUCUUGCUCUUUAUCAUCGCUGUCCUGAUUACUUGAACUUGCUUGUUUUCGUUCAAGCAAGGUUUUUUUUUUCUCAGGUUGCUGUUUGCUUUCUUCGCGUCUCGUUCACUCUCCUUACUUAGUGUGAGCGAGACUGCUCACAGUCUACAUCUCUUUUUCAGUAAACGUGUUGUGUGAGUUAAUUUGUUUUACCGUUCUAAUUUAAUUCAGGGUUCUUACAGAGUCUUUAAUUCUUGAAAAAGUCUUGACAUUUGCCCAGCAAUUUUCCAAACCUGAAAAAAGUCUGGAAAACAGAGAUAUAGUCUGGAAAAAUAGUGCAAAUUCUGGAGUUUUUUUUUUUUCAAAGCUACAACAAGUGCUUAAUAAGUGAUUUUUUCCCCGUGGUCAAAUCUCAUUUAAUAUCGCCCGUAUUUUAAUCACAGUAAGACAUUCUCGAUGAUUCAGAUCUACUUGAUCGAAUAACCGACAUGUUGAAUGAUGACUCUACCCAUCAUUGGAGACACCUUGCGAGGGCACUCAAUAUUCCACCUGAAAAAUGCAAGAUCUUUGAACCAGCAGAAGACAAUAACAGUCCGACCAAAUUGUUGUUCAAAAGCAUUGAGAAGUGCGAGCCUGAUUUGACAUUUGAAGAACUUGUACUAGCCCUUGUAGCCAUGAAAAGACAAGAUGUCUUAGAUGUCCUUCAAAAAUAUUUUUCAAGUAAGUUCAAUUUUCUAGUUUGAAAUCCUAUGCAUGAGUGCCGGGUACUUUCACAGACAGGUUAUCAGUAAGAAAACUUAGCACUCUUUUUACUUUUAUGGGGAAUUUAUUUUGUUUUACAUCACAAAUAACAAGCCUUUUUGUGGAAAACAUUUAUUUCUGGUAGUUAUCUUCAAGUUGAAAUUAUUGCUUUACCCCUCUAAGUCGAUUAAUCCUUCAUCGUCACUUUAUAAUGAAGGGUAAAUAUCAUGAAAAUGAAGGAAGUUAUCAUCAAAGAUAAUAGUCUUUAUUUAUAAAAAUUCUUGUGUUUAGAAAUGUAUGUUUCCCAACCAUUCGAUAGAUUUCACCAAUAUAUCAUGACUAGGAAAAAUUCCAGAAUCUAUCCCAGCAGUCAUGUCGAUUUGUGAUGUUGGGCAGGGGACGGGAGGGAGGGGUAGGAACUGAAGUAAGGUCAAUAGAGGACUGGUAUCUAGCUUAAACUUUUGCUGACUGAUUGCUAUCAUUCCCAUUGGUCAAAAUUUAUUUAUUGGUGACCAUCGCGCAAACGUGAAACAGGUUGCUGGACAAAAUUGAAAAAGUUCCAAAUUUCUUUGACUCCUUUCUGGCCAGAUGAUUGGGGUUGUCUUCUCGUUAGUGGGCAAAAUCGUCGUGCUCAAGCCUACAAAAUCUGGAGCAAUUGGGAAACUAUAAAAUCCCCGAUCAUCUGGGAUUUUCCUUAACGGCAUAAAGGCAUAAAGUGUUUAGGCAGCGAAGGACACUCUAUUGGUUCAAGUAACAGAUGCAUUGUUAGUUUUCGUUUUUUGAAUCCCAUUGAUCCAGUGGUCUUUUCAUUAUAUCAAGUGCACAUGUUGAGAGACUAUGUUUGUACACCAGGUGAUGACAUUGAUCAGAUUUUGGAAGAGAACAAUCUCCUUACACCAGCAGAAGAUCCGUUAGUGGACCAGAAGGAAAUCUAGCGUUGUUCUCUUGGAAAAGAGAAGUAAAGAAUGCAGCAAAGUUACCUGCUUGCAGAGGCCUCUUUUUCCUCUUUGGGACAUGAGGCGGGCCUCUGUCAGCAUGGAAGCAACAAAGGGAUUUCUUGUGUGAAGUUUGAAUGUAGAAUAUGUAAUGUUCUUAUUAUAUCAGUGGCAUCUGAAUUAUGAUGCACACAAAGGAAACUUUUCAUGUUGAAAAUGCUAAAUGAUCUCGAUACAUUAUUGUAUCUUUUGUUAAAAAAAAUUGAUGAAGCAGGAAAAUUAUAUUUUCAAUAGCCCCUCUACAUUUAGGACUAAUUUUAGGUAUUCAGUAUGACGCCAUUAAGGACCCUGAAUUUUAGACCACCUGUUUGCACCCCCUUUUUGAACGACGUUUCUUACAAUCUUGCUGUGACAACAUCAGAAUAAAGUAUUUCGUUUCGCGUAUUCGAAGGGGCAAGAGGGCAAACCGUUGUUGCUCGGAGUAUCUCUGGAAGGUCGUAAUUGUUCACCAGUAGGCUGAUUUAGAAACAGAACGGGAACGUCAGUUGACGACGGCGCGCGCAAAUCAGACAACUGCCUUGACCAAUGGCAGAGCGGCAAAUUAAGCACCGGAAGUCGUGUUUGGUCCUUUCCGCGCGCUUUCCCGUCGUCAACUGACGUUUCCGUCCUGUUGCUAAAUCAGCCUAGUAGGAUGCCUAAAAUGUUCGCAAUUCUACAAUUAGUUUCGGCUCCAUUGUUGCCGACUUGACCAUUUAAAUUUUUGUAAGGCACACAAGAUGCUUCAAAGGUUUUGCCUCUAUACUGAACACGCGCCUAGAACGGAUGAAAUCUUAGCUGAUAGUUAUUCAAUUUAGUGAAACUUUCGUUCACAGUGAACAGUACCUGUGUGUUCUUUUCAUAAAAAUAUUUCAUCAAGUGUGAUUAUAUCUAGGAAGUCUAAUUUGGUCAAAACACAGCCACGAAUCAUUAUUUAAUUAUCAAUUUAUUUAGACGUGCUAUGUAAGUUAUAGAGAUACAUGUAUUAAUUAGAAACUUAUUAAAUUAAUUUGUUGUAUUUAUUUGAAGGCUUUUUCAAAAGGUUCAGAAGUAAUUCCAAGGAUAUGUACAAAUAUUUAGUGAUCUUGUAGACAUUCAAUGGCUGUAUUUAUUGUUAUAAACAUUUUGUAUAUAGUAGUACAGUAGUUCUUUGUAAGAUAUUUUGUAAAGUAUCUUUGCUUAUUAAGUGAUUGGUUGUUUAAAAGGGCUAAAAUAUAUCACUUAAAAGUACACAUCAGCCACAAAAAGUUAAAACAGGGAGCAAAAGUGACCCCGCCCACCCGCUGUUUAGGCCAGCCAAUAGUUGUGGGCUCAUCUGCUUUCGGGCUCGAACGCUGAUAUUACUAGAUUUA